AUGGAUUACAUCAACAAAGCCUUAGAUUUGAGCAGCAAAACCAAAGACUCGAAUGAAAAAAACCUCGAUUACAACCGUCAGAUCAAGACAGCUUCGACUGAGAUCUUCAACGAUGGUCGAGUUGAAUCGAAUUCUCAGAGUGGUAGACGCCUUCUCAACAUACUUAUGGAAACUGAACAAGAUAUGAGGAAACAACGACGUAAAAAACGCAACCAAGAUAAGAAUCGCCGCUCAUCUUUUACUAUGGGAGAUCUAAUUCUCCUCUCAGACCAAUCUCAUCCCAAUUAUGCACCAGAACGCUCGAUCUGA